GCUUCACUCCUGUCCUCCGUCUGCAACUCUGAAACUCCUCCCAGCGCACAUCCACCCGCUAUAAUAAAACCUCCAAAUCCGCCUCGCGUGCCCCGUCGUCCUCUUCGUCGCCGGCGGAGCCGCCACCACUGAACCACUGCUCGCCGGUGAAUAAGAAGGGGCUUGGCGGCGAGCACUUCCCGCCUCACCUCCCGUUCCGCCUGCCUGUUCCCCGUGAUUGGAACAGCCAUGGCGAUCCCUCUCGUGCUCGUCGUGCUCCCCAUCGGCCUCCUCUUCCUCCUGUCUGGUCUCAUCGUCAACACCAUCCAGGCCAUCCUAUUUGUGACAAUAAGGCCCUUCUCGAAGAGCUUCUACCGGCGGAUCAACGUAUUCUUGGCCGAGCUGCUGUGGCUUCAGCUGGUCUGGGUUGUGGACUGGUGGGCAGGCGUUAAGGUACAACUGCAUGCUGAUGAGGAAACUUACCGAUCAAUGGGUAAAGAGUAUGCACUCAUCAUAUCAAAUCAUCGGAGCGAUAUUGAUUGGCUUAUUGGAUGGAUUUUGGCGCAGCGCUCGGGAUGCCUUGGAAGUGCGCUUGCUGUGAUGAAGAAAUCAUCAAAGUUCCUUCCAGUUAUUGGCUGGUCCAUGUGGUUUGCAGAGUACCUCUUUUUGGAGAGGAGCUGGGCAAAGGAUGAAAAGACGCUAAAAUGGGGCCUCCAAAGGUUGAACGACUUCCCUAGACCAUUUUGGCUAGCCCUUUUUGUUGAGGGAACUCGCUUUACUCCAGCAAAGCUUCUUGCAGCCCAGGAGUAUGCGGCUUCGCAGGGCUUGCCGGCCCCUAGAAAUGUACUUAUACCACGUACCAAGGGAUUCGUAUCUGCCGUAAGUAUCAUGCGAGAUUUUGUUCCAGCCAUUUAUGAUACAACAGUAAUAAUUCCAAAAGAUUCACCUCAACCAACAAUGCUGCGGAUUUUGAAAGGCCAAUCAUCAGUGGUACAUGUUCGCGUGAAACGCCAUGCAAUGAGUGAGAUGCCAAAGUCAGAUGAGGAUGUUUCAAAAUGGUGCAAAGACAUCUUUGUAGCAAAGGAUGCCUUACUGGAUAAGCAUUUGGCGACAAGCACUUUCGAUGAGGAGAUUAGACAAAUUGGUCGUCCAGUGAAAUCAUUGCUGGUGACCCUGUUUUGGUCAUGCCUACUUUUAUACGGUGCCAUUGAGUUCUUCAAGUGGACUCAACUUUUAUCGACGUGGAGAGGAGUAGGGUUCACUGCCGCUGGGAUGGCGCUGGUGACCGGGAUCAUGCAUGUAUUCAUCAUGUUCUCUCAAGCAGAGCGGUCGAGCUCAGCCAGGGCGGCGCAGAACCGGAUCAAGAAAGAUUGAUAUCGGUGGUUAUAUUCUGGGGGCUGUCAAUUGAUUGCGUAUCGAUUCACAUAGACAAUUUGGGGUAUUUUGUGGACUGGACAUCCAACUUUAUAUGCUCAUCAGGAAGUCUAGGAAAUUUGGUGAUGUGGCUCAUUAUGAGCAAUAUUCCUCUGUAAUUCAUGAAGGACAUUUUAGAGAGUUGUUUUUUGACAGAUGAAAAGUUCCAGUACAUGAAUUUCUUGGUACU